GAAUCUUGUUAUCGCCUUUAAUUCAGAAAUGUAAAGUUAUAAAAAUUGAAACUUAAAAAGAAAAUUCAUCUUUAUUUUAGAGACGAAUGAUAGUCAUAAAAUGAAAGAUAGAACUUUUAAUUUCAAAAAAAGAGAGUCACCACGGAGAAAAUGAAAACCAAUGAAAUCGCCGCGAAAAAAAUCACCAGAAAGAGAAUCGCCGCAAACCGAAUCGCCGGAAAAGGAAUCGUCCCAAAGAGAAUCGCUACGAAGAAAAUCUAUUCGUAGGGAUAUUUGCAAGGAAGAUUAGAUAAUUAUUCUUGAUCAACAAUUAUUUUCAACUUCGGAAUAUCUCCAUGCAGUGAUUUACAACAGAAAAAUAUAUAUUCUUUAGAAAUUUUUGAGCGUCGUUCCCUAGUGCGAAACGAAAUUCCUGAAAAGCUUCAAGACUUGAGAGUAGAACUAGGCAUUCUGUAUGGUCGAGAUAAGUACCAUUCACUUGGGCAAUGGAUUACACAUACCUUACGAAUCGUGGCCUUUUAUCACUGUACAGAAGCAUAACUCUAAAUUUGUCAAAUACUUGGCGGAACUUUAUGGGGUGAAUACCAACUUGCGAACAACUAUAGAAAAAAGUCUAGUGGAAUGACAGAAAUUGAGGGUAGAUGACCAAGGAAGCAACUACAACCAUUUAUGAUAGCAGUUUUGAAACAAUGCUUCGAGGAUAGGUUGGCCAAACAAAAUUUGCCAGCACUGCAAUAUAAAAAAGAGCUGCGAAGAAUAGGUCAUUAUUUAGGUGCACAUUGCAAGAGUAUUCGAAGCCGCAUGUACCCGGAAGCUGUCAAAAGUCCAUACUUUAAUAAAGAUCGGGAAGCGCGUUCCCAUCAGCAUGAUGAUUACAAGCAUGUGGAUCCGAGUGCGACGCUUGCACUAACCACUGAAAGUGUGAAAGAUUGGGUCUAUCAAUACAAGAAUCGCCUAAAGCGUGAAGGGAAAAAUGCUAAGAAAGCACAAGAAAGAGAAAAAUAUAUGCAGUUAGAUUUGGAGGAAGACGAUGAGGAAGAUGAUUCUUAAUUCAUAUUGUAGAACACAUGCGCAGUAGUUACCUAGACAUUAUAUAUUGUAUAUGUUGGAUAUGGUAUAUUUAAUCAAAAAUAUC